AUGGAGGACGGGGUCACGGAGAAGAAAUCGUCCUACACGUACUGGGUGCGGGAGGCCUCCUUCGAUGCGGCUCCCCGGCCCGUGCCCCGCAAGCUCUCCGCAGAGGACCUUUCCAAGCAGUCGCAGCAACCUGGCAACACGCUCGGAUCAGUCUGGAAUCAGGUCAACCAUCCAUAUUACCUGCAUAUUUCCUCUAUCAUUUGUUCGGUGUGUCAGUGGUUAUUUUCCAUCGACUAUUUCUCUAUUCAGAGAAUAAUGCCCAUCCAGACUGUUCAGUAUUUUUGAUACCGCCGUACCAUGAAGAUCGUUACGCUUUAAAUAAUGCGGGGAUUAGCUGAACCGAUACCCUAGUGGCACGGUAAAACAUUGAAGAGGAGUUCCUCACACCUAGGAAAUCCUGACUCUUAUCCCGAGCUAAGGCGGGACCUCCAUACCGUUGCCAUGAUUUGGUAUCUGAAGGGAUUGCUUGAUAUCUCUGACAAGAACCUCUCACCGAGUCAGCACGAUCCAACUAAUCUUUCUUACCUUUUGACGUCUCCUAUGAUAUUGAGUUUCUAAGCCACAAGCUUGCAUUCCCUUCUGUGUCCUUGCUUAUUGGCCUAUGAUAUUCCUUCCGCAGAUUUCAUUACUCACUGUACAGAUCGUACUUCACCUGUUUCUACAUGCCCUGGAAAGCAUUGUCAGUUUGUUAUUCGAAUGCACGAUGAUUGCCGCGACGUGACUUUGAUAAUCAGAGCUUUUUUAAUACUCUCGAAUAUAUCUUGUCUCACGGCUUGCCUUGAUCGGUGUUCUCCUUAGUCCUGCAAUGGCCCAGAGUCUUGAUCCAAGGCAACUUUAUCUUACUCUCUAGAUUUGUUGGCAUCGACUGGCCAACGGGAUAGACUUCUGUUGAUAGAACACACUCUAGGUGUGUUCUGUCAAUCGAUAUGCCUUCUCUUCUUUAUAUUCACUGCCCGGCCUCCACGCAUAUUGUGCCAUCAGUUGCAUAUAAUGGACCCUAGGCAUGUGUCGUCCAUGCCUGAUCCACUCUAGGUGUGUGCAUAUCGAAUGCAGCCAUUCGCCGUACACAUUUCAUGUCCAUAUUGGCGUGUGCAAAUGGUCGCAUAUUUCAUGGCAGCCCGGAAUUCAUGCAGUAAUUCUGAAAUCGCACUGGUCCCGGGGUUAAUGCCAGCCCAUCAUCACCUCCACAUGCAUGCGGCCUGCCUCCCACGCCUCGUCUCCAUCUUGUCAGUGUGAUGACAAGUGGUCUUGCACGCAUGCUCCAGGCUACGGUCCGUGGCACUGCUCUGUCAUGCUUCCACACACGGUGCUGCUAACGGUACUGGGGUGUGUCAUGUGCUGUGCCUUAUUUUCCCGUGUCCUGAGCCUUGGUUGCCUGAGUCAGAGAUAUCAGACGUCAGGUGAGAUGUUGAUGGGAUUAGACUUGCCACAAGUAUAAUUUACCGAUUUCACAUAUGUAGUUAGUUCUUCUCUUGCUUGGGGUCACCUUCCUUGAUCUCAAACUACAUUUGGGGACCAUGUUUGAGCCAGCUGUUCAGGUAGUGACUUAUAGUAGCAAAAUAUGGGUUCAACUCUUCACCCAAUGAGUCAGAUGCCUUCUGAAUUAAAUUCAUGACAAAUCAGUUCUAGUAACAGCACCUAUAGUUUUAAAAGAUAAAAAUACCAAUAAAAUAUAACUAUGAAAACUAAGUUCUCAUUGGAUGAGGUGUGGCAGUUUCCUGAUCUUCUGAGAUCUACUGAUAGUCUUAGAUUUUUAGCAAUUUCGAUCGACAUUUCGGUUUUGUCUCUGUUUCCCUGAGUCAGAUUCAGUAGACCCUGGCGAAUGGAAGCAUCUAAGAUGCUGUAUGUGAAACCACUUUUCCAUUUGCAUGGGCUGUUAUUUAUUUGGUGCCAUCUGUGAAAAGUGACAACCGUUUGCGUAUGUUUGCAGGCUGGAACAUGGGAGGAGAAGAACCUCAAUGGAUGGGCGAGCAAUAGGAUAAGAGUCUGUAUGACAUGAUUUUUGUAGCUUGGUAGCUUUGAAUGUGUUCGAUUCAUCUAAUCUUCUUCGGCCAUACUUCAGGAGAUGCUCAAAUCUUUGGGUUCCUUGGAGUUUUGUAAUGGAAAAGCUGAUGUCAGUGAAGUGUCAAAGUGUGUAGGUGAUGUGAGUAUACUAUCCCUCGCCUUACCUCUGUUAGAUUUAUUUUUCAGGAUAUGUAUUGCGUUGGUUCUCAAAGGAUCUUUCCAGUCCCCCCGCCAUGAAUAUAUUCGAUAGGGUAUUGUUUUGUCCCGAUUACAAACCAAGAGUCUAUUAGAUUCUUUGUUCGCCGUAUCUGCCAUGGUGUCCCUUUUCAGAGCAGAAUCUUCUGUUUUCUUCGUCAGUUUUUACUAGGUAGCCAUGAAAAAUAUGUCAGGCUUUUUCUUGCUUGUCACUUAUGUUAUCUCUGAUCAAUAUCUUCUGGUCUCCGGCGGCGGGGAUUCUCAGGUGUUAUAGUCGAUUGGAAAUUUUUAGUCUCGUUCUCUUUUUCUCCUGCAUCGGCAGUCUGCGUCGCCAGUGUUGAGGGUGACUAUUGUAUGCUUCUUCGCUGUUCUUCCAUGCCUUUUCCCCCUUGACUUGACUGACACUGGGGCCCGUGCGCCUCUUGCACAGGCCUUCCUGGUGACCGUGAGAAAUAAGAAGCGCGUCGGCUACACCUACGAGCUGUCCUUGAAGUUCAAAGGCAUGCCACCAUCUCUCUCUCUCUCUCUCUCGCUCGUUAUCGGAUAUGGGCACGUGGUGACGGCUCGUUCGAACUCAAUGGAGACAGGAGAGUGGGCCGUCGGCGAAGAAAGGAAGAUGAUCGAGGGUCACUUGGACGUCCCCGAGUUCUCCUUUGGGGAGCUCGAUGACCUGCAGGUAUCGCAUUUAUCUGAGAAGCCUGCGGGUCACCCAUCCCAUUCCAUCUCAGCUCAUUUCCCAUAGCCAGCCGGGUGACGUUUUCUUCUCUCUCUCUCCCUCUCUCUCUUUGUGGGUAUCGCAGGUCGAGGUGAGGAUCAGCGACGAGAAGGGGCUAGCGGCCGAGGACAAGAGCCGGAUCCGAUCCGACAUGAAGUCAUUCCUGUCUCUGAUCCGCGAGAAGCUCCACAAGUUCGAGGAGGAGAUUGCUCAGAGGUAG